AUGGAUGCACUCAAGAGUAUGCUAUCCCCACUGGGGGUCGGCAGUGCUAACGCAAUACAAGACACCCUUAAACUUGUUGUCAUCGGUGGGACUGUCGAAACGGCCAGAAGAGCCUCAGCAGGAGCAUGGCAUACUUUCCUUGACUCCUUCUUCUUGACGGCACACUUCAGCCAGGAAGACUAUCCGUACGACUGGCUCAUGCACUGGCUUUCGAAGCAACCCGCGUGGGGACGCAGCCGCGAAUUUGAAAUUACCACCAGGACCGUUGGCCGUAAUGGUCUUACGCAGUCAACGACGGGCGACUUAGAGGAGGAAGAUGAAGAUGAAGACGAGGAUGCUCUCGUACACGGACGUCGCAAACGCAAGGUCGCGUUCAUGCCCAGUAUAGAUACAACUCACACCAUUUAUUACCGUGGCCAUUGGCUUCGGAUAACCAGGACCAAGCGCUAUCCGGACUACGGUCAUGGUUCGGCUCUGAAAAUUAGGACUUAUGGCUGUUGGCGUUGGAAUGGAGCUCGUCAGAAGCGCCCUAUGAGUUCUAUCGUGUUGCAACCAGGCGUCAAAGAUAUGCUCUUGGCUGAUUGCAAAGAUUUCCUGUGUUCUGAAGAUUGGUAUGCUGAGAGAGGUAUACCGUUCCGCCGUGGAUAUCUGUUACACGGUGUUCCUGGAAGUGGCAAGACUUCAUUGAUACAUUCGUUGGCGGGUGAAUUAGGUCUGGAUAUCUACGUUGUCAGCUUGUCGUCAAAGGGGAUGAGUGAUAAUACACUGACAACAUUGAUGGGUCAUGUACCAUCCAGAUGUAUUUUGCUUCUUGAAGAUCUGGAUGCCGCGUUCACGCGCUCCGUCAGUCGUGAUGCAUCGUCAACUGGUGCUCCCACAACAUCUAACACCAAUAGCACUACCACUGAGACUAACGAUGGAUCAACAUUAAGCUUGAGUGGACUUUUGAACAGCCUCGAUGGGGUCGCCGCUGCGGAAGGCCGACUCCUUUUUGCCACGACUAACCAUAUUGAGCGCCUUGAUCCAGCUCUUAGUCGCCCAGGCCGCAUGGAUGUCUGGGUGAAUUUCACACAUGCGACAAAAUGGCAAGCCGAGGGCAUUUUCAAGUGUUUCUUCCCCUCCAAGCCCGCUGGUGCUUCAGCCGCAUCUCCAUCUGAAGAGUUGUCCAAGGACGUUGACACUUCGCAGAAAAAUCUCCCCUUGCCAAAGCGCAAGGCGCCCAGUCACACUAUUCCUGUGCUUGAUGAGACUGAAAUUUCUGAGCUUGCUAAGCGUUUCGCAGAUAGUAUCCCCGAGAAUGAGCUAAGCGUUGCCGCACUUCAAGGUUACUUGUUAAAGAAUAAGGUUCGCCCACGCGAAUGCGUCGAUGAAGUUGCGCAGGUCAUUGAGGAGCGGGAGACCCGGGAGAAGCUCAAGAAGGAGAAGGCGGAACGCGAGGCGAAGGAGAAGAAAGAGACCGAGGAGAAGGAACGCAAGGAGAAGGAAGAGAAGGUUGCCAAAGAGCAAGAAGAAAAGGAUGUCAAAGAGAAGACCGAAAGGAAAGAGCGUGCGAAAACCAAAAAGGCUCACCGCGCCGAGGCCGCCUUGAAGUUGGAAGGUGCUUCCAGCAGCACCACAUCUCUGACUACGACCGAACCAGUCGUUGUCCUGAGCACCAGUGAAUCGUCAAGCUCUGAAUCGGACAGCAGUAACGGCGGUAUUGAGGCAGACACUGAGGAAAGCAUUACCUCAGAGGAGGAGCCUGACAAGGCCGCCGAUAGUACGGGGUCUGGUGAUUCCGGUGUCAAAGAUAGCAACCACUCUAAGGAGAAAUGGGUCGCUGUGAAGGCUGACUCAUGA